AUGAAGCACGAGCCUGUGGAGCACGAGGCUGUGGAACACAAGCCUGUGGAGCACCAGCCCGUGGAGCACGAGCCUGUGGUGCACGAGCCUGUGGUGCACGAGCCUGUGGAGCACGAGCCUGUGGAGCACGAGCCUGUGGAGCACGAGCCUGUGGAGCACGAGCCUGUGGAGCACGAGCCUGUGGUGCACGAGCCUGUGGAGCACGAGCCUGUGGUGCACGAGCCUGUGGUGCACGAGCCUGUGGUGCACGAGCCUGUGGAGCACGAGCCUGUGGAGCACGAGCCUGUGGAGCACGAGCCUGUGGAGCACGAGCCUGUGGAGCACGAGCCUGUGGUGCACGAGCCUGUGGUGCACGAGCCUGUGGAGCACGAGCCUGUGGUGCACGAGCCUCUGGAGCACGAGCCUGUGGAGCACGAGCCUGUGGAGCACGGACCCGUUGAGCACGCCCCAGCGGCUGUCACCUCCCUGUACACGAAGGGUGACUAA